GAGGCAUUCAGUGAAUCGUCAACCAACACCAGAUGCAGGUGAUGAGCAAGAAAAGGAACUUACCCUUCAAGAGAAAAUCAAUAUUAAGUUGAUGGAAAGUGGAGAAAAGGAGAGAUUGAUGGAUCUUUUGAGAGAAAGGCUGAUUGAAUGUGGAUGGAAGGAUGAAAUGAAAGCUGUUUGCAGGACAUUUAUAAUGAAGAAAGGGAGGAACAAUGUAACUGUAGAUGAUCUUAUUCGUUUAAUUACUCCAAAAGGAAGAGCAUCUAUUCCUGAUCCCGUGAAAGCUGAGCUGUUGCAGCGAAUUUGGGCAUUUCUAAAUGCUACUACACUUUGAUACGAGAAGUUGUUACACUUUGAUGGUGGCCCUUUACCGUCUUAGUAGAGGAAACGCUAGUUCUUCGACCUACCUAG